AGAGCGCGCGCAGCGUCCAUCUGCCUGUCUCGCGGCGAGGAAUCUUCCCGGCCGCUCGCUUCGAAGCAGCCCAGCCGUUCCCUUGGAAGCAGGCGCCCCCGGGGCUCGUGAUUGGCGGCCUCCGCAUGGAGCUUUCGGCCGCCUCUCCCCGGAGCCCCGAGGCGUAGCAGCCGCCUGCUCCUCCCUCUCUGCCUCCCGCCCGUCCGCCCUCAGCCCCGCACCGAAGUUUGGGAAGCGUCGGGGAAAGUUUGUUUCGCCGCGCUCCGGGCAGGAAAAGCAGCCGCCGCUGUCGCCAGCAUCAUGGCGAGCAGGCCAGCCGGGUCAGAGGAGGCCGCCCGACCAGCUCCCUGCUCCUCCGGCGGCUCGGUUCUUCCCCGGAGAAGGGACGGCGGCGUACAGCGGCCCCUGUGGAUCGUCUGCAUGGCACUUUUUUGGAGGCUCGGUGCCGCCGACUCGGAGUUUUCCAUUCUCGACGAAGCGCAAGUUUUGGCUAUUCAGAUGAGAAAACUAGCCGCGGAGGAGUUGGGUGUCGUUACUAUGCAGCGGAUAUUCAACUCCUUUGUGUACACAGAAAAAAUCUCAAACGGAGAAAGUGAAGUUCAACAGCUAGCCAAAAAAAUUCGGGAAAAGUUUAACCGUUACUUGGAUGUGGUAAAUCGAAACAAGCAUGUAGUGGAAGCUUCAUACACUGCUCAUUUGACAUCUCCUCUUACAGCAAUUCAGGACUGUUGCACCAUUCCACCAUCUAUGAUGGAGUUUGAUGGCAAUUUUAACACUAACGUGUCUAGAACCAUUAGCUGUGAUAGAUUGUCCACCACCGUGAAUAGCAGAGCAUUCAAUCCUGGGCGUGAUUUAAAUUCCGUCCUUGCUGACAAUUUGAAAUCAAACCCUGGAAUCAAAUGGCAGUACUUUAGUUCAGAAGAAGGUAUUUUUACUGUGUUUCCAGCUCACAAAUUCCGAUGUAAAGGCAAUUAUGAACAUCGCAGCAGGCCUGUCUACGUCUCUACAGUUAGGCCUCAGUCUAAGCACGUAGCUGUCAUUAUAGAUCAUGGAGCUUCAGUUACAGAAACACAACUGCAGAUUGCUAAAGAUGCAGCCCUGGUUAUUCUGAACUCAAUAGAUGAACAUGAUAAGAUUUCUGUGUUAACUGUGGCAGACACAGUAAGAACUUGUUCUUUGGAUCAGUGCUACAAGACAUUUCUGUCUCCUGCUACCAGUGAGACAAAAAGGAAAAUGUCCACCUUUGUUAGCAAUAUCAAAUCAUCUGACAGCCCUACCCAGCAUGCAGCAGGCUUUCAGAAAGCAUUUCAGUUGAUGCGAAAUACAAACACUAGCAGUAAACUUCAAGCAAAUACAGAUACAGUCAUAAUUUACUUAUCAGCUGGAAUAACAUCAAGGGAUUCAUCUGAAGAUAGUAAAAAAACUACUCUUCGUGUCAUCAAUGAAGAAAAUAGUUUGCUUAACAACUCUGUAAUGAUCCUUACUUAUGCUCUCAUGAAUGAGGGUGUGACAGGCUUAAAAGAAUUAGCCUUUCUUCGAGAUCUUGCAGAACAAAAUUCAGCGAAGUAUGGAGUCCCAGAUCGAACAGCUUUUCCUGUAACUAAGGGCAGUAUGAUGGUCCUGAAUCAGCUGAGCAAUUUGGAAACAACUGUUGGACGGUUUUAUACAAAUCUCCCAAACCAUAUGAUUGAUGAAGCAGUCUUCAGUUUGCCCUUCUCUGAUGAAAUGGGAGAUGGUCUGAUAAUGACUGUCAGCAAACCAUGUUACUUUGGAAAUCUGUUGUUAGGAAUUGUUGGAGUGGAUGUUAAUCUAGCCUAUAUUUUGGAAGAUGUAACCUAUUACCAAGAUUCUUUGGCUUCCUACACAUUUCUGAUUGAUGAUAAAGGGUAUACGCUUAUGCACCCCUCUCUUACCAGACCCUACUUGCUUUCUGAACCACCGCUUCACACAGAUAUAAUACAUUAUGAGAAUAUUCCAAAAUUUGAACUGGUUCGACAGAAUAUCCUCAGCCUCCCCCUCGGCAGUCAACUUAUUACAGUCCCUGUGAAUUCGUCACUGUCUUGGCAUGUCAACAAAUUGCGUGAAAUUGGGAAAGAUGCCUACAAUGUGAGUUAUGCCUGGAAAAUGGUUCAAGACACUUCUUUCAUUUUGUGUAUAGUUGUAAUACAACCAGAAAUACCGGUUAGACAACUUAAAAACCUCAACACUGUACCCAGUAGUAAACUCCUUUAUCAUCGUCUGGAUCUCUUGGGCCAGCCUAAUGCUUGUCUGCAUUUCAAACAACUUGCAACCUUAGAAAGCCCUACAGUGAUGUUGUCUGCAGGUGGUUUUUCGUCUCCGUAUGAACAUCUAAGCCAGCCUGAGACCAAGAGGAUGGUGGAACACUAUACAGCAUAUCUGAGUGACAACACCCGCCUCAUUGCCAACCCUGGGCUGAAAUUCUCUGUCAGAAAUGAAGUAAUGGCUACCAGUCACGUCACAGAUGAAUGGAUGACACAAAUGGAAAUGAGUAGCUUGAACAGUUACAUUGUCCGCCGUUACAUAGCAACGCCCAAUGGGGUGCUCAGAAUUUAUCCUGGUUCCCUCAUGGACAAAGCAUUUGAUCCCACUAGGAGACAAUGGUACCUCCAUGCAGUGGCCAAUCCAGGAUUAAUUACUUUAACUGGGCCAUAUUUAGAUGUUGGCGGAGCAGGCUAUGUGGUUACCAUCAGUCAUACUGUCCAUUCCUCAAGCUCACAGAUGUCUUCUGGCCAUUCUGUUGCAGUGAUGGGCAUUGAUUUUACUCUGCGGUAUUUCUAUAAAGUACUAAUGGACCUGUUACCAGUUUGUAAUCAAGACGGAGGCAAUAAAAUAAGGUGCUUUAUUAUGGAAGACAGAGGGUAUCUUGUGGCACAUCCAACUCUUAUUGAUCCUAAAGGCCAUGCUCCAGUAGAACAACAACAUAUUACACACAAGGAACCUCUUGUGGCAAAUGAUAUCCUAAAUCAUCCAAACUUUGUGAAGAAAAAUUUGUGUAACAGUUUCAGUGACAGAACCGUCCAGAGAUUUUAUAAAUUUAAUACUAGCCUUACGGGUGAUCUGACAAAUCUUGUGCACGGCAGCCACUGUUCUAAAUACAAGCUGACAAGAAUACCUGGAACCAAUGCCUUUGUUGGAAUAGUAAAUGAAACCUGUGACUCACUUGCUUUCUGUGCCUGCAGUAUGGUAGACAGGCUCUGUCUGAACUGUCACAGAAUGGAACAGAAUGAAUGUGAAUGUCCUUGUGAGUGCCCUUUAGAAGUCAAUGAAUGUACAGGCAACCUUACCAAUGCAGAAAACAGGAACCCUAGUUGUGAAGUGCAUCAGGAACCUCUGACUUUUAUUGCUGUGGAUUCCAGCCUACAGGAUGCUCUUCCUCAGUGUAUCAAUACACAGUGUAAUCAAAGAAUGGAGAGUGGAGAUUGUUUUGGUGUCUUAGACUGUGAGUGGUGCAUGGUGGACAGUGAUGGAAAGACUCACCUUGAUAAAUCCUAUUGUGCUCUUCAGAAGGAAUGCUUUGGGGGUAUUGUGGGUGCCAAAAGCCCCUAUACGGAUGACAUGGGAUCCAUUGGAGAUGAAGUGAUAACUUUGAAUAUGAUAAAAAGCGCUCCAGUUGGUCCCGUAGCAGGAGGUAUUAUGGGAUGCAUAAUGGUGUUGGUUCUCGCAGUCUACGCCUAUCGUCAUCAGAUCCAUCGCCGAAGUCAUCAGCAUAUGUCUCCACUUGCAGCCCAAGAAAUGUCAGUCCGCAUGUCCAACCUGGAGAAUGAGAGAGAUGAAAGGGAUGAGGACAGUCAUGAAGACAGAGGAAUCAUCAGUAACACUCGGUUUAUAGCAGCAGUUAUUGAGCGACACGCCCAUAGUCCUGAACGCAGACGCCGUUAUUGGGGACGAUCAGGGACAGAAAGUGAUCAUGGCUACAGUACUAUGAGUCCUCAGGAAGACAGCGAAAACCCUCCCUGCAAUAAUGACCCAUUAUCAGCUGGCGUAGAUGUGGGAAAUCAUGAUGAAGAUUUAGACCUGGAGACUCCCCCUCAGACUGCUGCCCUUUUGAGUCACAAAUUCCACCACUACAGGUUGCACCAUCCCGCCCCCCAUCAUAGUCAUCACUUACAGGCUGCAGUGACGGUACACACGGUAGAUGCAGAGUGCUAAUGACCUUGAACUCGGGGGAAGAAUUGCAUCUCAUGACACAGGCAGCAGGAGCCCAACUCAUGUCCAUCCUUGGUGCCAGGCAUUGGUUUUGGUGACUAUCACAAGACUCAUUUCAGACGCAGACGUUCUCUUUCUAUAACAUAAAGCUGGCCCAGGAAUGGAGAAGUUAAGGUGAUGAAUGAACCUGCCAUAACACUCGGUAAAAUGGAAUAGUAGGAAUAUUUGAUCUCCAAGCACAAGAAGAAAGAUUUACACAAUAAAAUGAGCGUUUUGAACUCUUGUUAAUCUGAGCCAAGAAAAGAGUUAGCUUGGAUGAAGGCGAAGAAGCUUUUGCUUUCCUUAAUGGGAAGAACAGAAAUUGCAGCCAGAGACAAAGAAGGUGCUGGAUCUAAAAAUAGCCAUUGCCACAAGGUUUUCAUUUGUGUGGGCUCCUUUUUUUUUUAAAAAAAAAGUUCAUUGCUCUUACAAAUUAUUGUAUAGGCUCUAGGACAAUGCAUCUGGAGAUUUUUAAAUAAAGGAUUAUUUUUGUACUAUUUAUUGAACUCAAAACACUCAUGAACUCUGAGAGAAAGGAAAGAGAGGGAAUAAAGGCAUCACAGACUUUUCCGUGAAUACAGCCUAAAGUUUUAUUUGUGUUGGUGACGCUGUGGUUCUUAAGAGACUUGAUAUUCAACCCCCCCUUCUGCACCAUGCUAUAAAGGGAAAAUGAAGAAAUUGUGUGCUGAUUUGUUUACAUAAUUAAAGAUUCGUUUCCAUGGUCAUUUUGUACACUAUAAACAUGGCUUGUUGUGUUUAUAUAUGUAAUAUCACCCUUCUCCACAAUUUAUAUAUAUCACUAAAAUUGUGUAGAAAUGUGAUACCAAGUCUAAGCCUCCUAUGAGCAUUGAAGAAUCCUAUUCUUCUCUUGUUCUCCCAUCUUACUAAUCUUCCAACUUGGGGGCAAAAUUCCAUUUAAUAUAGUAACAAAGCGCUCAGUGGCAUUCAUGAUUGACAAAUUGAAAAUGCUGAUUGUUUCCAUUUUACACAAUGGAAAAUGUUCAGACUGUAAUGAUAAAAACUCUGCCAUUUAUCUGGCGUUUAACACUGUUUUAGUUCUUCAUUGGAGAUUCAUAACAUCUGACUUGAUGACACAUGGACCAUAUAAUUUUAAGCUAGUUUUAAUUUGCCGUGUUUUGUUUUAAAGUGACUAAAAUAUUAUGGGCACAUCUUUGCACUGUGCAUAUGAUAAACAUUCAUCUAUAUGUAGUUUUUAAAAAGGUAUCUGAAUAUUGCUUUAAUAAUAGGGUACUUAAUAGUUAUGUAAACGGUUUUUAACAGUAUGGUAAAGUAUGUGUGUGCUAUCAUGAUGCCCUUUAUACUAUGUAUAAAAUCACAAUUUCUAGUGGAAUAAAAUUAUGUAAAGUA